AUGUCGACGACUCAGGUCGACUCAAGCUCGAUGGCUCCUUCUCAACCUUCCGUUGAUGUAACCGAUACCAUCAGGAUUCUGGAGGAGCCUGUCCAUGAAGAACAGAAACAUACCAACACGGCGGACGAAAAUCUCGUCUACGAUGAUGACGAACACGAACCGGACCUUCAUGCACGAACUUGGAUCGCGUUGGCUGGCUUUUGCCUCUACAGCUUCACUCAACUCUUUGCCCUUUUGGGGCCUCCUACUGUUCUUGGUCUGAUCGCUGUUGACCUAGACGGUUUUAAUGAAAUAGCAUGGGUGCCGAAUGCCAUGGUGCUUGUCCAAGCAGCGCUGGUCAAUCUCCUUGCCACUGCCUCCGAUUUGUUUCAGGCUCGCAAACGGCUCCUUAUCUUCUGCCUGACGCUGGCAUUCAUCGGCGCGGCUAUAGCACCAGGCUCCAAAUCAGUUGGAAGACUCAUCGCAGCACAAACUCUGAUAGGAUUUGGAAAUGCUAUCCAGGUAUUGGCCUUUACUGUCCCUAGCGAGAUUCUCCCUAAAAGGUGGAGGCCUAUGGCACAAGCACUCAUCCUGUGUGCGGGAGCCUUCGCAAUGGUUGCAUCACCGGUGAUUAUAAGCGCAUUUGUCAAGAGAAAUGUACCGGACUGGCGGAACUUCUAUUGGAUUGAAACGGGCCUCUGGGGAUCAACUGUUCUUUUCAUUUUGAUCGGCUAUCGACCACCGAAGAGACACACUCGCCUAGAUCAUUUAUCAUUCUGGCAAAAGCUCUUCAAGCUCGACCUGAUAGGAUCAUUCAUCCUCGCAGCAGGCUUGGUUCUUCUACUAACAGGGUUGAGCAUGGGAGGACCUGCACAUCCUUGGCGUUCGGCCGAGACACUAUCAACUCUCCUGAUCGGAUCCGUGGCUCUGAUUGUCUUCUUCAUCUAUGAAUGGAAGGGCACAAAGACCGGCAUCCUCCAUCAUGAGCUUUUCAACCACAGUAAAGCCAACGUUCGUACCUUUGUGAUCUGUCUGAUGUUGGUAUUCGUGGAAUCACCAAUGUUGUAUACAAUGAUACUAGAAUAUCCUCUCCUAACUCAAGCCGUUUUCGAGCCAGACCUAGUUCUUGCAUCCGCCCGCGUUGUGAUCUACUACGCUUUCAUCGGUGUUGGCAAUGUAUUCUGGGGGGCGCUUGUGGUCAAAUUAAAGUCAAUCCGUGAAGCUCUAAUGUCUGGCUUCGUAAUCCAUCUCAUCGGCACCAUUGGCUUUUGCUUCAUUCAACCAAACCAAAAUGCCAAUGCGAUCGCAUUCUCUGCCGUCAUGGGUUUUGGUAUGGGCGCGAUUCUAGGACAAGUUACAGCUGGUGUGCAGCUAGUUUCACCCCAUGCGCAUUUGGCAAAGGCAACGGCACUAGCACUAUCGGUGAGGGCUGCAAUGACAACUGCCUGCGUUCCAAUCUACACCUCCGUCGUUAAUUCGGGACUCUCAUCCAGACUUCCUGAAUAUGUCGCAAGGGCAGCCACAUCUGCAGGCCUACCAGAAGGGUCACUCUCGGAAUUUGUAGAUGCUAUUUCGACGGGCCAAGUCGCCUUGCUACCAGACAUCCCGGGAGUGACCGAAAAUAUCAUCAGUGCAGGAACGCACGCUGUCAAACAGGCCAACGUUGACAGCAUUAGAUAUACGUACAUCAUCUCGGUGCCAUUUUGCGUUAUUGGGGGGGUACUGGCCUGGUGGAUAGGUGAUCUCAAGAAGGUUAUGACUUGGCACGUCGAUGCUCCUGUUGAGAAGCUCGCGGCGAAGGUCCAUUGCGAGAAGCAGGAGAGUUAUUCUGUUUAA